GGGCGGCCAUUGCGGGUACAUUGUCCGAAACCACGAAUGCGAUUGAGUGCUGUGCACCGCGCGAGUGAAAUCAGCAAAUAUCAAAGAUCAUCCCUGAAAGAAGGUGCUCCGUGUGAAGCCCGGGACGCGCACAAAACCCCGGCCCGAUGGCUGAAUCCGACAAACUGAAUAUUGACAACAUCAUAGCUCGGCUCUUGGAAGUACGGGGAGCUAGGCCAGGAAAAAAUGUACAGCUGACAGAAGGGGAAAUCAAAGGAUUAUGCUUGAAGUCACGUGAAAUCUUUCUAUCGCAACCUAUUCUGUUAGAACUUGAGGCACCGCUUAAAAUAUGUGGUGACAUCCAUGGACAAUACUAUGAUCUAUUACGGCUAUUCGAAUACGGUGGAUUCCCACCGGAGAGCAACUAUCUCUUCUUAGGAGAUUACGUCGACAGAGGAAAGCAAUCGUUGGAGACGAUUUGCCUCCUUCUCGCCUACAAGAUCAAAUAUCCCGAAAACUUUUUCUUACUUCGCGGAAAUCAUGAAUGUGCGUCGAUCAACAGGAUAUAUGGUUUCUACGAUGAAUGUAAACGUCGAUACAAUAUCAAGCUCUGGAAAACGUUCACGGACUGUUUUAACUGCUUGCCCGUCGCGGCCAUAGUCGACGAGAAAAUAUUCUGCUGCCACGGUGGUCUCAGUCCGGAUCUCCAAAAUAUGGAACAGAUCAGACGCAUCAUGAGACCGACAGAUGUACCUGACCAAGGCUUGCUAUGUGACCUGCUGUGGUCCGACCCAGACAAAGACACGAUGGGCUGGGGUGAAAACGAUCGUGGUGUAUCGUUCACGUUUGGAGCCGAGGUCGUUGCCAAAUUUUUACAUAAGCACGACUUCGACCUCAUAUGUCGCGCUCAUCAAGUAGUGGAAGACGGCUACGAGUUUUUCGCGAAGCGGCAAUUAGUCACCCUGUUCUCAGCGCCGAACUAUUGUGGCGAAUUCGAUAACGCCGGGGCUAUGAUGUCCGUGGACGAAACUCUCAUGUGCAGUUUCCAAAUUCUGAAACCGGCGGAUAAAAAAAAAUUAACAUACGGUGGCCUGAACGCAAAUAGGCCUGUGACGCCUCCGCGAGGCGGUGGAAAUAACAAGAGCAAGAAGAAGUGAAGUCCUUAGAUUCAUUUCUCAUCCCACAUUUCUUUUUGAACGCGACGUUUAGAACUUUAAAACAACUCCUUUUAAACUACCCACCAUGUUCUAAGACAUUAAGUUCUUGUAAAAGAAAAGAUGUUAUUGUUAUCAUUUUUCCUAGUAUCGCUAUUACUAUUAUCAAUGCUACUGUCAUUUUUUCGAACUUAUCAUUAAUUACACUCAGCCAUUUACGAUCACGUUUUAAAAUAGAGAAAAAUUCGAAGGGGCAUAGUUCGCUGAACGUAACGGAUAAAAAUGAAAAGUCACUCGUUGAUGAAAUGGUUCAAGUCGAGAAGGAAAUGCUAGUAAAUGAUUGACUAUGAGAAAAGUUCAUCUCAAUUGGACGAUCAGAACAAAGAUCGAUAAAAGGCUAUUAUGAGAUUCUUCUAGCAGAAUCUAUCGUUAGAAACUGGAAGAGAAAAACUGAUUCAUGGCAUACUCAUUCAUAUCAGUCUCCUCGCUGUUUUUAUAGGAUGAACAAUCUAGAAAUCAUUUGCGUUAUCACUGACAAAAGAUAUGGCAUGAUACAAUUGAUACGAUGCCAGGGACAAUUUUAUUAUGCCAUUCUCCGCUUUCAAUGGCAUGCAUACAUAGUUCGUUAAUGAGAUUAUUAAUAUGUGCGUAAUAUCGAAUGGAUAGUGGUUUCGAUUAACUAACGAUUCUGGCUUCAUUACUUAUCUGUGAAUUGCACAAAAUUUGUGACUGACAGAUACGACUUUCGUAGACCAAACGUUUUCGUAGGAUAUGCUUUUAUAAUUACAUUUGUAUAAAUGGCAAAAACGAGAAAAAAACUCUAAUAUUUUAGCUGGUCGAUGAAAAUCUAUUUCAGUAAAUAUUUUUAAAAACGAGAAUUAAGGAAAGAAGCUUACUUAUACACAUUUCUUAUUUGUAUACCUAUAUCCUAAAACAAAUGAAUGAUACACUAAGUGGUCGUAUCCGUAUUUGACUAAACGUCGUUGUGGUUACUAAUUUUUCGGAAUGGGAUCGAUAACGAAUGGUCGAACUGGUAUAAAGCCAAGCUGUGAAUGUGUACAAUGCUAGUAGCGAUGUCAUUACGCAUUACGUACGGUAAGAAGAACGAGGAAUGUAAUAAGAAGAAACCCCGAUUUCUAAGGAUUCAUCGUAUAAACAACUGUUUCCCGAAUAUAAUUUUACUAAUCACUUAUACACGUUUAUAUUUUAUCGUCAACUCCGUUCAUUCUCUCGAUACACCUCAUGCACCAUGUAGACCGUAAAACUACCUAUUCCAAAAAUGUCAGCUCGCAUUCAAGAAUGAAAUCAUUAUAUAAGAUACUGUUCUGUAAAAAAAGAAAUUAGCGCAACAAACGAAACACCCUUCAUGUCUCUCUUCCUUGUAAUUGUAUAUUAAUUUCUAUUUUAUAAAUAAACUCAUGGGAAAACAUUUA